GUUUAUGUAAUCUCCCUUCCAAAGAAUUGGAUUAAGUCAUCUAGAAUAAUUAGAAAUUGUAAGGUUUUCGUUGAGAUUUCAUGGGUCGCUUCAUCAUGAAAGUGUUCAUGCAAGAAUUGUGUCGUUUCGCUGAGGCACAGCCUAGCAGUAGGAAUUUUAUUGAAAGUGAAAAAUUACUGGAAGCAGGGCAUGUAAUUCAAUGGGGACAAACUUCUAAUGACAAUACGUCUACAAAUAUUCAUGAAGCACUUGCUUUCUGUCUACAAACAUCCACUUUAAAAGGUAAUCCUCAUGAAAUGAGUGGAAAAAUUGAUGGAAAUGGGAGAGUGAUUGAAAUGACGUGUACUUGCAAGGCUGGACUCAGUGGAAGAUGUAAACACGCCGUUGCAGUGUUGCUCUACUGCAACAGAAACAAUCUUGAAGAACUGAGAAUAAUAAGUUGUACUGAUAAAAAAUGUAUUUGGAAUGCUCCUCGGAAAUUAUUAUUAGAAAAUUAUGAUGCACAGCCUUUGAUGAAACACGAAUGUUUCACAUUGAAAAAGAACAAGUUAUUGGGAGAUAAUCACAAUCAGAAAAGCCUCAAAAUGCAAAACUCUUGUUUUUUAUAGGAAAUUGAAAGAAUCUCACUGUUGGAUUACGAUAAGCUGAAUUAUUGCAGCCAGGCAAACUGCAAAAUUCUCUAUUUUUUGUUACUCUGAUGUUGAACUCCAUUUUUUUAAUAGGAAAACAGUAUUCUCUCUUCUUUCAGAAUGACUAUGGAACU